UAAAACAUAGUGAAAUGUUUUGGGAUAUCUAAAAUAAAAUGAGGCACAAUGGGGCUUGUGAAAACGAGUAUACUAGCUCUAUACUCAUAGGUGGCCUGUGUGAGCAGGCUAGGCUAGAAGAUGCCAUUCUAUUUUUGAGGAAUUCUAAGGCAAAUGGACUUGGCCCUUCUAUCGUUUCCUUCGAUACAAUUAUGUCAAGAUUUUGUAAAUCGGGUUUAGUAGAUGCGGCAAAAUCUUUGUUCUGUAUGAUGCUUAAGCAAGGUCUGUUUCCUGAUGCAUAUAGUUACAAUAUUUUAAUUCAUGGUUUGUGUAUAGCUGGUUCCAUGGAGGAAGCUCUAAAUUUUAUGGACCACAUGAAAAAUCAGGGGUUAAAGCCCGAUAUAGCAACCUACAACAUUCUCCUCAAAGGGGUUCUCUUGCUUGGCUUAAUAGAUGGGGUUUGGCAGCUCAUUCAGGACAUGUUGUUGGCUGGAUUAAAUCCUAAUGUUGUUUCGUAUACAAUACCAAUUUGUGGGCAUUGUCAGAUGGGCAAUAUUGAUGAAGGUAUGAAGUUGCUGGAGGAGAUGGUUUCUCUUGGAUUUCAGUUGAGUCUCAUUCCAUACUGUGUAUUACUCAGUAGCUUGUGCAAAUUUGGACGUGUUGAGGAAGCACUAAGAUUGUUCUAUGACAUGGAAACUUCAGGCCUGAAACCAGAUCUCAUAACAUAUUCUGUUCUGAUUCAUGGGCUUUGCAAGCUAGGAGAAGUCCAGAGUGCUUUAAAGUUUUAUAGGGAAAUCUGUUCUAACAGAUUCUUCCCAAAUUCUUUCAUUCACAGUUCUUUUCUGGUAGCUUUGUGCGAAAAUGGAAUAACAAUGGAGGCUAGAAAUUUUGAAGAUCUGACGAGCAAUGAACCACAGAAUAUAGUUUUUUAUAAUAUUAUGAUUGGCAGAUAUGUGAAGUUUGGCAAUAUUGAGGAGGCUUCACAGUUGUACAAAAGAGUUAUUGAGAAAGGAAUUGCUCCUACUAUUGUUAUUUUCAACUCCAUGAUUUAUGGAUUCUGCAAGAAAAAGAACUUAGGGGAGGCUAGAAAUUUGUUUCGACACAUUAGACGUUAUGACCUAUUGCCAAAUGCCAUAACUUACACCACUCUUAUGAUUGCAUUGUGUGAAGCUGGAUAUAUGCAGGGCGUGAUUGAAUUACUACAAGAGAUGGAAGCAAAUAAUGUAAUUCCAACUCACAUUACUUAUACUGUAAUUAUCAAAUCUCUUUGCAAAAAUUGCAGGCUGAAUGAUUCCCUCCAAGUGCUUAAUGAUAUGCACUCCAAGGGUUUACAUCCUGAUCAAAUUACAUAUAAUACCGUCAUCCAGUAUUUCUGUAAGGGUCACAACAUGGAAAAAGUCUUCCAAUUGUUUAAUGAGGUGUUAAGGCUGAAACUGGAGCCUACUCCUGCAACGUAUAAUGUUUUGAUCAAUGGCCUUUGCAUUAAUGGUGGCCCAGAAUAUGCUGAUAGACUGCUAAUUGCUCUUGAAGAUCAGAAUGUCUGUUUGUCCAAAGUUGCUUACACUGUAAUGAUAAAAGCGCAUUGUGCAAAAGGUGAUGUGCACAGGGCUGUUCUUUUGUUCCAUAAAAUGAUUGAAAAGCGAUUUCAAAUUUCAAUCAGUGAUUAUAGUGCUGUAAUCAAUAGAUUGUGCAAAAGACGCUUUAUUGCUGAAGCAAAAUAUAUCUUUUCCAUGAUGUUAUCAAACGGUAUUUCUCCCGAUGAAGAACUUUGCAAGACGAUGCUAAAUGCAUUUUCUGAAAGCGGGGUUCAUGGUUCAGCUUCCCAACUACUUGCUGAAAUGACUAAAACUGGUUUACUUUCAGAAUAGCCAAUGAGAUGGCUCACUGCAUUCCUUCUGGCUCUCUAAUUGGAUCUACUUGGAAAUGAAAGUAUGAAGUCCAUCUCUACCUUUAGCCUUUGCUGACUAUGUAAACUGGGUGAAGUUUAAUCAGAUUUCCUGCUGGCAUGCACAAGUUGAUUGAGACUCAAGGGCCUGCAAAUUGUUGUCUCGUUGAAGCAGCGUCUUACAUGUAUGU